AUGUCAACUGUCCCCUCCGCUGCCACGCUCUCCCUCACGAGCUUCCUGGAUGUCCUCAAGCAAGGCCGACAACUCCGGUCCCUGGAACUGGACCGCUUCCUCUGCAAGGUUUGGGAAAGUUCCUCUUCGCUCCAGGGGCGCCUCAUCAACCUUCCCCGCUUGAGUGUCUGCGGUAUCAAAGACACUACAGCGCACAUUGUGCAGCUCAUGACGCAUCUCGGUCUUUCCACCUCCUGCUGCAUCUCCCUGGAAGCGACGAACAGUAAGAACGUCACGUACGCAUCCUUACUCCCCGACGAUCUCAGUCGCUUUCCUUCCCUGAGCCGGGUCUCGGCUUUACCCGUUGAGCUCCGGGAAUUCGCUGGCGGCUCAGCGGAGUUCACCCUUCCCAACAACGCCUGGUAUCGACUAGCGUUCCCCGCAAAUGCCACGGGGCCCAUGUCUAUCACAGUCAGCCUGUCACAUAUCAUCGAGUCCUUUCUUACCACCACCGCCCUUACCAGGCUGUCGUCGCUGCACGUCUCCAGCGGCGGGUUGUUUUACUACGUGUGGGAUGACAUUUUCGAGUCCCUCCCGGCGAUGCAGACGCUCACCUUCGUACAAACCCACACAAGCUCCCCAGCCGACAAUCCUCCAAAAUUCCCCAUCCUGAUCCUCCAAUCUCUCGCAGGCUCCAAGGACUCCGCUCCGAGGUGUCCCCUACUCCAGGUCCUCCGGAUCGCCACCAAGGUACCGUUCGAGCUUGAAGAGCGUCCGAUGGAGAUACCGCUGAUGCUCCUGCGCGCCCGUGUCGCGCGCGGGAUGCCGCGCUUGAGACAUCUCGCGCUGAAGGUACACUGGGACACGGACCUGACCGGUGUGGAGGAUGUGGCCGAGAAUUUCUCGUUCAAAUAG